UGCCAUACUUUCUGAAGUCCAAAGUUCACACAAAUGGUAAAAAGAUCAUGAUUACGGUCAAGAAAUUGGCGUCAAAAAAUAUAUAAUAGUUUUGAAUUGGAUUUGGCAAGAAGCAUGAUUCUCAAGCAAGUCCAUGCGUUUCACCAAAUUCUCCCCUAACCAAAUUCAUUUUAAUUGACCCCUCCUUCAUUCCCAUGUCCCUUUAUGUAUAAAUCCCCAAUUUCCCAUUAGCUAGCUAUUGACAAGAACCAAGCAAGCAUGCCCAAGAAAAUUCGAGAUUACCUCUUCAAAAUAAAAAACCCUCGCCCUCAAGUCCGGUUACCCUCUAAGAACUGGAUUCUCUCUGGCUGCAAGCAUCCUAGGACCCCUUCCUUUGCCUUAUACAGUGGUAGAAACCAAUCUCAUCAUAAUCCUGUUCUCAACAACAAUAACAAUAACGAUGCUGCCACCUUAGCAGACGUUGAUCGUUUCCUCAUGGAGAAUUUCAAGUCUCUAUACCUCAAAGACGAACAUGAUCAUCAAAACCACGACCAAGAAAUUACAACGCCACGUGAUCUUCCUGGCUCGACCCGAUUCUUUGUGAAGCCUGCAGGGUUCUCUGGGUCCCUAGUGGAGGAUGCUUUCACAAGUGACGAAGCAGCAUCAAUCUCAACAAUCAACGAUGUUUCAUCUUCAAAUUCUUAUGAGAAGGAGGCUCUUCCGGAUAAUAGCAUCGCUUUAUUGACGCGCUCGACCAGCCCCUACGAGGACUUCAAGCGCUCCAUGCAAGAAAUGGUGAACAACCAUGAAAGCGUGGUUGAUUGGGAUUUCAUGGAGGAGCUCUUGUUUUGUUACCUUAACCUCAAUGAGAAGAAAUCGCACAAGUUCAUUCUCAGUGCUUUCGUCGAUCUCAUCACCGUCAUGCGUCGGAACUCGGAGACACCUUCCAACAACCCACAGAGCGUUCGAACCGUUAGGAGUCAUCGUGGGACCAGAAAUGUUACGUUAGAAUUUGGGUCCUCCUCCUAGUCCUAUAUAGUAACAACAAACCAUUAAAAUUUAUGUACUAGUCAUUAUUAUGUGAUGUCAUUCCCAUACAAAGGUCCAAUGGGGGUUAUCCUUCUAAGAGUAAGAAAAACUAGCUCUUCUUCCAAAACCAUGCCAAAAACUAAAAAAAAGAACAUGGGACGAGGUUGAUGAAAGAUCAUGUGUUUUAAUUUUGAGUUGACUUUUAUUUUCCGGGGUUUUUCUCCCCGGGCAUCACAUGCACUAAGGUGUACCAUAUGAUUUUGUGUUUUUUUAUCAACAAUGAGCACUUUUGUUAAUCGCUUAA